GGUCUCAAUGCACUGUAGUGCCUGUGAAAGAAGGGUUGCAAAAACCAUUUCUAAAAUCGAAGGGGUUGAGAAGUUCACGACGGACAUGAAUGGGAACAAGGCGGUGGUGAUAGGCCACAUGGAUCCGUCUAAAGUGUUGAAGAAACUGAAGAAGAAAACUGGAAAGAGAGUGGAAAUGGUUGUGGCGGCCCCUGAAAACGAAGAGGAAGCCGAGGAGGAUGAUGCUGCAGGGAGAGAAGCCGCCGUCAACAGCAGUUCUGUGGAGCCGGCGCCGGAAAUGAUCCAGGAAUACGCCGGAGAAUCAUUGGUACUGCGGCAAUGUUCAGGGGACUCUGUGGUUUACACCAUGUUCAGUGACGAGAACCCCAAUGCAUGUUUAAUAAUGUAA